ACACUGGGGCAAAGAUGUUUUGAUAAGAAAGCGAAUGCUAACGAGAAAGCUUAAAAAUGGCUGAAACUUUGCCAAUUAAUAGCGACUCGGGCACCGAUGAGGAGGAGGAGGAGGUGGAACCAAAGUUCAAAUACCAGCGCAUUGGAAAUGACCUGAGAAAUAUACUCAACACGGAUGUUGUGACCUGCAGUGCCGUCCAUUCAAAGUUUCUCAUAUUUGGCACAUUCCUCGGUCGAGUCUAUCUGCUGGACCACAAGGGCAACUCCGUGGAGUCCAACCUGAGCAGCGGAGAUCGUCACACUCACUCCGUCGCUGUUAAUCACAUCGAUGUGGAUCCUAAGGGCGAAUAUGUGGCAACAUGCUCCGAUGAUGGCAGCUUUAAGAUUACUGGUCUGUUCAGCUGUGAAAACAACCAAAAUCUGAAUUAUGGCAAGAAUAUUAAGGCGGUUGCCUUGGAUCCCGAAGUCAAGUCGGGCGGACGGCGCCUCAUAGUGGGUGAUGAUAAACUCACUUUGUACGAACGCAAUCUGAUCAAGAAACUAAAGCCGAGCGUGCUGUCUACCGCUGAGGGUAGCGUUUUGUCCAUUUGCUGGCAGGGCAACUUUGUUGCCUGGGCGAGCCAUUUAGGUGUGCGUGUGUAUGAUCUGAGCGAGAAGUGCUCGUUGGGUCUGAUGAAAUGGGAGGUGCCGCCACAGGCGCGUCUCGAAAACUUUCGCUGUCAUCUGCGCUGGUCGAAUGCCAAUACGCUGCUAAUCGGCUGGGUGGAUACUAUACGAAUUUGUGUGAUACGCAGGCGUAACACAAUUGAGGCAUCCUCAAGCAAUUUGCCCGGCUAUGUGGUGGAUCCAGUCUCAACAUUUCCCACCACAUUCUAUAUCUGCGGACUUGCACCGCUGGUCGCCAACCAGCUGGUGGUGCUUGGCUAUCGCAAGGAGCGCAGUGCCACAUACAAGGCGCUGAGACCCGUGCUCUGCGUCAUCGAGUACAAAAUGAACACGUGCGAGGAUGUUUGCACAGACAGUCUCACCUUGCGCGGCUUCGAGGAGUAUACCGUUAACGAUUACAGCCUCGGCUGCAUCAUCGAGGAGAAUCGCUACUUCAUUGUGGCGCCCAAGGACAUUGUGGUGGCUAGCCUCAUUGAAAGAGACGAUCGCGUCGAGUGGCUAAUUGAGCACAAUAAAUUCGAGGAGGCCAUGGAGAUAUGCAAGCAUGGCGGCAGCUUACCCCUCCUAUCUGUAGCCAGAUUGUAUAUUAAUCAUUUGUUGACGCUGAAACAAUACGACAAAGCCGCCGAAAUUUGUCACCGAGAGCUGGGCAAUAACAAGGCGCUGUGGGAGGAGGAGGUCUUCAAGUUUGUCAAGUGUCAACAAUUGCGUUGCAUUAGCGCCCAUCUGCCCACCACCGAUGAUUGCAAACUGGAUCCGCAUGUCUACGAAAUGGUGCUCUAUGAGUUUCUCAAAUUUGAUGUGAACGGUUUCCUCAAUCUAAUCAAGAAGUGGCCGCCCAAGCUGUACGAUGGGUUGGCUGUCAUCAACGCCAUUUACGAUCAUUUUCGCAAAUCGAAUGCCAAGGAGCUGUUGGAGUCCUUGGCAUUAUUAUACUGCUAUCAGGGCGACUACGAGAGUGCCUUGCGCAUGUACUUGAGAUUAAAGAACGAAGAUGUCUUUGAGCUAAUUCGUCGCUUUGAACUAUACGAUGUCAUCUCAAAAUUAAUCAUUCCACUCAUUGAACUGGAUCAGAAACGUGCCUUUGAAAUAUUAUUAGAUAAGAAUAAAAUCAAACCCGCUGUCGUUGUGAAUCAAUUGGAACAAAAUCAGGAAUAUCUCUAUCGGUAUCUGGAUGAGCUGGAUAAGAUUGAUAGGUCUGGCACAUUCCAUCAGAAGCUAGUUGGGCUGUAUGCCAAAUAUGAUCGGUCCAAACUGUUACCCUUUCUGCGACGCUCCAAUGAUUAUGCCAUCCAGGAAGCGCUGGCAAUUUGCAAGAGGGAAAGUUUUCAUCCAGAGAUGGUCUAUCUGCUGGGUCGCAUGGGCAGUGUGGUGGAGGCACUCAACAUAAUUAUACAUAGCAUAAAAGAUAUUGAGAUGGCAAUUGAAUUUUGCAAGGAGCACAAUGAUGACGAUCUGUGGAACAUACUUAUUGAAGAGUCCACCAAACAGCCAGAAAUUGUUACAAAAGUGCUCGAUGGCAUUGUGGAUUACGUGAAUCCCGUGCUUGUCGUUAGCAAAAUCAAAUUGGGUCAAACAAUACCGAAUCUGCAUCAGUCAGUUGUGAAAAUGCUCUGGCACUAUAAUAUCGAGCAGGAAGUGAACACAAUUGCACACCAGAUCCAAUUGGCCGACCAAUUUGACACACACGCUGAGGUGGUGGCCAUCCAGCGACGUGGACAUCAAGUGUCCUAUGAUAAAGUGUGCCCAAAAUGUACUCGAUCAGUGAUCGUAAAAGGCACAGCUCCACCCAAUGGUUUAACAAUAUUCAAUUGUGGCCACAUUUACCACAACAAUUGUGUGAUUGAAAAUCGUUGUGACGAGUGUCUGGACUGGGAAAGUUUAGUGGAAGAGGGUGGUAGUCAAUAGCUUCGACUCUCCUCAGACACCAACAGACCAAGGACAAUUCGUGGAAAUCAAUAAAAAAAAAGUCUGAGAGCGGUUUAGGACCAUGUGUAUUAUGCGACAGCCAGCAAGCAAAUUUUUCUUAAUCGUU